UUUCAAUAAAUUAAAUUAAAAUGUUAUAUAAGGUGUGAGGGCUGGAAGUCAAGGGGCUUUUGGUCUUUUUGCAUGAAACUUUGCUCACAAGACAUAUAAUAACCGUGAAGGACCAAAUUCAACUCUGGCGGGGUCUUUAGCUUGGAAUGUUUUCAGCUUGGGACAAUGGCUCUCCAGGAUAUCAUUCAACACUUGCGCGCGCGCUUUGGAAAGUAUGAAAGAUUAUACGACGAGGAGCAUUUUGAGUCGGAAUCUUCAUCGUACAAGAGAUGCGUCAACAAUCGAUUUGGAUUUCCAAGAUUCAGGAAGCUCACAGUAUACCUGAUCCUGAUCAACCUGAUACUUCUUGGACUGUUGAUUCAUUCUCUUCACCCUCUCAUCACCUUACUACUACGGAAUAACGAACUAUUCGCAAUCAACUUCUUUGUCGACCAUGCAGCACAUCCAGAAGCAUUCCCAAGGCCAGAUGGGAGGAAGAUACCGCGAAUCCUGCAUCAAACAGCUCCCAACGACACCAUUCCAGAAAUUUGGGCAACUUCGCAGCAGAGUUGCAAGGAAGCAUAUUCUGACUUUGAAUAUAAGCUCUGGACUGAUGAAGGGGCACGCGAAUUUCUCGAGGCUGAAUUUCCCUGGUAUCUCGACACUUGGGACAACUAUCCUUUUCCAAUCCAGCGCGCAGACGCUAUCCGCUACUUUGUUCUUUAUUUCUAUGGCGGGAUAUAUAUGGAUAUGGACACUUAUUGUAAUUCGUCCUUCCCCAUAGAUCAGCUCGAAUCUCUUCCAGGGAACGACCAUGCCUUGUUCAAAUCGACAUUGCCAACCGGUAUCACGAAUGACUUUUUAAUCUCAACCGCAAAGCACCCAGCUUUUGCAUCAGCAGUGUCGAGACUGGCCACCUUUCACCAGACAACCCGGCUCUGGGCUCGACUUCAACCCUACGCAGCUAUAAUGCUGUCUACAGGACCUCUCUUCUUGACCCUGGCAGUGCAACAAUAUCUGCUCGGCCAACCAAUUCUACCAUCACCAACCAUACAAAUCAUGGACCCUGCGAAUCUACUGCCAUAUAUGACAGACUUUGAAACUGCAACCUGGCACCAAGGAGACGCUCAAGUACUCAAGUGGCUUGGAGACAGGCCGUGGACAUGGUUCAGUUUGGGGUUCGUUGGGGUUACCGCCGGCCUAUACACCUUUAAUUGCGUGCUGUCACGAACUUUUACGACUCUUUAUCGUAAGCUAUUAUAAUACCAUAUAGAUUUAGCGACUGCUUCUCAAGAAAGAAAAUUUCCCCAAGAAAU